AUGUUCAAAGAGCCGCUAGAACGAUUGUUCUCGUUAUUCCAGUCUUUUGUGCGCGUUGAAAUUUUUGGCCGGUUUUCAAGGCUUCGGAACCAUGCGCUAAAAAUCGGGCUACUGAUUGCCUUAUGGUUGUUUCUGGUGGCCGCCCUACUUCGUUAUUCCCUCCGGUCUCAUUCCGAUCCCCUGACCAACGCGAGUACCAAGCAAACAAAUCAAGUGCUUCAACCUCAGACCUGGACCUCUUUAUUUCCACGAAAUAUAUGGCAAAUAUAUCUCACCCCGCCGAAUCUCAGCAUAGCCGAUUUUGAAGCCAAUCCUGAGCAGCUAUCCGAGACCCUCUCUUGGCUGGCCUAUAACCGCGACUACGAAUACACCUUGGUUGGAGAUGAAGGAGCAGAAGCACUCGUGCACCAGCACUUUCAAGGAAACCCAACAUUUUUGAGAAUCUUUAGAGAACUCAAGAACACCGGAAUGAAGUCUGACCUGCUAAGGUACAUGAUUUUAUCAGUUAAAGGCGGUGUCUAUACAGACACCGAUACUAUUAACUUGAAGCCUAUUGAUUUGUGGGUGCCUGAAGAAUAUCAGGAACAUACUCGAGUCGUUCUAGGGGUUGAAUUCGAUCGCCUUAAUGGAUCUAUUUUCGACGAGGAUCUUCACCCCGAUAUGCAAUUUUGCCAGUGGACCAUUGCUGCAACUCCUAGACAUCCUAUCUUCGACCAAAUGGUAGACUGGGCUGUGACCGCCCUGCAAAACUUCACAAUCGCAAGAGGAACCACGUUCUCGGAGCUCCAUGCUAAUACAUCGGAAGUCAUGGAACUGACUGGGCCAUCUGCUUGGACAGAUGUCGUCUUCCGACAAUUGCAGCAGUAUCAACCGGACCUUCUGUCGUUGACCGACUUGAGUGGAUUGAAGGAACCGAGACUUGUGGGAGAUAUCCUGAUACUACCAAUCGAUGGGUUCGGGAUGGGCCAGCGACACUCCAAUAGUACAAAUGACGGAACAAUUCCAACGCAGGCAUACGUACAGCAUAAAUUCCGAGGAUCGUGGAAGCAUGACAAGAUGCAAAAUCAGACAAAAAUAUGA